CCUUGAUUAGGUAUUUGAAUACCCUGAAGCUCAGUGCUGCAGCCCCACCAAAGACCCGCGUACCACUACGUAAGUCACUUUGCAUGAGAGCAUCUCCGAUAUCUAAUGAUGACGAACUCUCUCGCACGCCCCAAAACUUCGACCCAACCUUGAAGGACAUAACCUAAUUCUAGAAUCUCAACCUCGCGGGUCUGAUAUCAGACAUUGCAUGAGUCAUUCCAUAUUUCAAAACGAGGUUCAUCUGAAAAACAAAAUGUUCACCGGCAUUGUCGAAGAGAUAGGAGUUGUCGCCGAGCUCAACCCCUCGGACGCAACAGGAGGCACCUCUCUCACCGUCGCCCUCCCCAGCACCUCCACCCUCCUCUCAGACUGCCACGAGGGCGACUCUAUCGCCGUCAACGGCGUCUGCCUCACCGUGGUCACCUUCACCACUACCCCAACCCCAUCCUUCACCGUCGGCGUGGCCCCCGAGACUCUGCGCGUCACCGACCUCGGCAGCCUCAGCAAGGACUCGCGCGUGAACCUGGAGCGGGCCGUCCGCGCUGACACCCGCAUGGGCGGCCACUUUGUGCAGGGCCACGUCGACACCACCGCCACCAUUGUCAAGAAGGAGCCCGACGGCAAUGCCGUGACCAUCCGGUUCGCGCCCGCCAAGAAGGAUGUUCUGCGCUAUGUCAUCUACAAGGGCUACGUGGCGCUGGACGGGACGAGCCUGACAGUCACCAGGGUGGACGACGAGGAGGGCUGGUGGGAGGUGAUGCUCAUUGCAUACACGCAGGAGAAGGUGGUGGUUGCUGGCAAGAGCGUGGGUGACUCGGUCAAUGUCGAGGUGGACAUGAUGGCCAAGUAUGCUGAGAAGAGUAUGCUGUGGAUAGGCGAGGGCGGGUCGUUGCCUUUCGUGAAGGAGCUUGAGAAGACGGUACAGAAAAUUGUGGCCCAGGGACUGGGUGGUCAUACCUCGUAAGGCGAAGCUGGAUAGGUAGGUGUUCACAUGUCAUUCCUUUGCGGUGAGUGGGUGGUUCAAAAUUUGUACACGAACUGGCCCCCAAUUCAGAAAUACCCGUGGGAUGUUGAAAAUACAUCUAAAGACAUCCCCUCUCUCAGGCAUCGCCCCAU